GUAUCUGAGCAUAGAGAAGAGAGAAGAAGCAAGAGGUGUGAAAAUGACUGUGGUGAGAGAGAGAAGGCACCAACAACCACUAAGGCUAUCCCUACCACCACCCAUACCUGCAGCUGACUUCCGGAAUCAGAUCCAUUCGCCAUCAUUAUCAUUGACCAUUAGUCCAGAUUCUCCAAGCAUAGAGAAGCUCUCAGACCUAGAAAAACUGGCGGUUCUUGGCCAUGGCAAUAGUGGCACGGUCUAUAAAGUACGGCACAAACGCAGCUCCUCCAUAUUUGCAUUGAAAACCCUCCGUUUCGACCGAAACUCCACCAUAAUUCGCCAACAAGCAGGAAGGGAGGCAGAGAUCCUUAGACGCGUGGAUUCACCUUACGUUGUCCAGUGCCAUGCGGUUUUUGAUAGUGAGAAUGACUUGUACUUUGCAAUGGAGCACAUGGAAAGAGGAUCACUGCAUGAUGUUCUGCUUGUACACAGAAUAUUGCCUGAGGAUGUUAUAUCUGGUGUGGCACGGUGCAUUCUGAAUGGGUUACAGUAUCUCCAUGAGAAGCAGAUAGUACAUGGGGACAUAAAACCCUCAAAUCUACUGAUAAAUGCUGAAGGAGUGGUUAAGAUUGCAGAUUUUGGAGUGAGUAGGGUAGUGGUGGGAAAACAUGAUUCAUAUGAGACUUAUAUGGGAACAUGUGCUUACAUGAGUCCUGAGAGAAUUGAUCCUGAGAGAUGGGAUGGAAAUGGAGAUCACGGAUUCGCAGGAGAUGUUUGGUCGCUUGGGGUGGUAGUUUUGGAGUGCCUAGUGGGUCAUUAUCCAUUGAUUGGUUGCGGAGAGAAACUAGACUGGGCAGCAUUGGUGUGUGCUAUAUGCUUUGGGGAGGGAUUGCAAAUGCCAAAGAGUGCAUCCAGCAGGAUUCAAAGCUUUGUUAGGAGGUGUCUAGAGAAGGACUGGAAGAAGAGAGGGACUGUGGGUGAGCUUCUUGAUCAUCCUUUUGUGACCCAGAUCAGUUUUGAAUCUAGACAUGGGGUAGGUGAUUUUGUUUUGCGUGAUUGAGAUUCAUUUUUCCUUUUCUGUUCUCUCCAUAUCUUAUGUUAUUUCAGUACCUUUUGGUCUGGAUAUAAGCUGUGAAAGAAUUUCGUUUUGAUAACAAAAUGGAAAACCUUCGAGCCAAUGGCAGUGAUGAUGUGAACCAGGAGGAAAUGCGUGCGUGCUAUGAAGAAGAUGCUGGUUUUGCACAGGAGCUGUUUUCUAAAUAUGGAGUUUCAGAUUUAUUUGACAUUGAUAGAUAUAUAAACGAUAAAAGGUUUUCCAAAGGAUUUUUCUUUCACAAAAUUAAUAAUAAAGCUGAGACUACUAACAGACUACCUAUCUUCUGUCAA